AUGGUUUCAUGUGACAUCACGUCUAACAAAGUGGAUUUAAUGUCCUCGUCAUACGUGUGUCACCCGCGUCCUCGUCAUACGUGUGUCACCCGCGUCCUCGUCAUACGUGUGUCACCCGCGUCCUCGUCAUACGUGUGUCACCCGCGUCCUCGUCAUACGUGUGUCACCCGCGUCCUCGUCAUACGUGUGUCACCCGCGUCCUCGUCAUACGUGUGUCACCCGCGUCCUCGUCAUACGUGUGUCACCCGCGUCCUCGUCACACGUGUGUCACCCGCGUCCUCCGUCAUACGUGUGUCACCCGCGUCUUCGUCACACGUGUGUCACCCGCGUCCUCGUCAUACGUGUGUCACCCGCGUCCUCGUCAUACGUGUGUCACCCGCGUCCUCGUCAUACGUGUGUCACCCGCGUCCUCGUCAUACGUGUGUCACCCGCGUCCUCGUCAUACGUGUGUCACCCGCGUCCUCGUCAUACGUGUGUCACCCGCGUCCUCGUCAUACGUGUGUCACCCGCGUCCUCGUCAUACGUGUGUCACCCGCGUCCUCGUCAUACGUGUGUCACCCGCGUCUUCGUCACACGUGUGUCACCCGCGUCCUCGUCAUACGUGUGUCACCCGCGUCCUCGUCAUACGUGUGUCACCCGCGUCCUCGUCAUACGUGUGUCACCCGCGUCCUCGUCAUACGUGUGUCACCCGCGUCCUCGUCAUACGUGUGUCACCCGCGUCCUCGUCAUACGUGUGUCACCCGCGUCCUCGUCAUACGUGUGUCACCCCGCGUCCUCGUCAUACGUGUGUCACCCGCGUCCUCGUCAUACGUGUGUCACCCGCGUCCUCGUCAUACGUGUGUCACCCGCGUCCUCGUCAUACGUGUGUCACCCGCGUCCUCGUCAUACGUGUGUCACCCGCGUCCUCGUCAUACGUGUGUCACCCGCGUCCUCGUCAUACACCCAGAGUGGGUUCUGGGCAGACCCAGAGUGGGUUCUGGGCAGACCCAGAGUGGGUUCUGGGCAGACCCAGAGUGGGUUCUGGGCAGACCCAGAGUGGGUUCUGGGCAGACCCAGAGUGGGUUCUGCUCAGACCCAGAGUGGGUUCUGGGCAGACCCAGAGUGGGCUCUGCUCAGACCCAGAGUGGGUUCUGGGCAGACCCAGAGUGGGUUCUGGGCAGACCCAGAGUGGGUUCUCCAUGA